CAGUAUCCCCUGUACUUUAUCUGGGGACGGUUUACGGCGGCUAGACGAGUUUUAGUUCACUUUACAACCACCAGGUGCUCAUAACCUAAAAAUUUUCAUUGUUGUUGUUUUAGAUUUCACGCCCAAGCAUAUAGCCAGGUAUAGUAGGUAAAAACUGCUCGAAGGGAGCGAAUCCCUAAUGUCGGAGCCCGCAAGGGCGGCCACAGACGCCACAGCCUCCAAUAAUCCAAAGUCGGAAACAUUAUAUUCAAGAAGACACAAGGAGAAACUUGAAAAAUUGGACAGAACCCCAGCUGUUAAAAUCAACAAAAAUGAGAAGGACAGGAGUCCCAAGAGUCCUAUAACCCUUAAAAUCAAAAGGACAAUACACCACCCAUAUAGGCACGUGAGUACGCCCAAACCCAAGACCUCAAACCACCCCGAGUCGAAAAAUGCGAGGCCAGAAGGCUCACGUAAACAUUCCUCUGAAAGGAAAAAAGAAAGUAUGGAGAAAACUAGAUAUAGCUCCAGCAGUCUUCCAGACGAAGAUAUCGAAAUAAAAAAAGCCAUUGAGGAGGUUUUGCAACAUUCCCCAGGAUAUGGUCACCAAAAAACACCCCAAUACGAAAAAAAUGUAUUAACUUUUACAACUAUGGAUAAAAAUCCCUUUUUCAUUCCACCCUCUGAGGUGACGAAUACAAACACAGAAGACAUCCCCAUGGAAGCAGAAGAGAAUCCCAGCAGCGCAGAGAACACGCUAGUGUAUCAAAGUGCGGAAAACUCCCCCCUAGACAUAAGUGGUACAACCAACCCCGACAGUGCGAACAACGUGAGCGAGAGUGCGAGUAACCUCAAAAACAGUGAAACUAAAAUCAGUUCAAAACGCGAAAGUGAGGUUAACCUUAAAAAUAAAAGUGAUACCGGCAUAAAAAAUUUCGAGUCCGCGUAUAAAACCCUACCGAUGCCAAGUUCGGUCACGGCAAGAGUUUUAAACUUCGGGUCGAACUCACAAACUCCGACCUCCAGUGAAGAGGAGAGUCAAACACAAACAAAAAUACCACCCCUACGUCAAAGUAUAUUUACGUUACCCUCUCCUAUUAAGAAGGCUACACCGCCGCAGACACUACUCGUAAAGAGGAAAAAUCAAUCACCUCCAGAAACCGUUGAAGUAGGUAAUGACGGGGAAGACGAAUCAGACAACACUGAAUUCCAGAAGCCCCGUAAAUACAAAAAAUUUAAAACAAAUUUUGUAAAACUAUUGGAACGCAAAGCAGCUGCGUCAAUACCACUGUCCAACAAAUAUGACUCGCUUAGUGAAAGUGAAGCAGAACCUGAGCUAAAUACUGGAACAACCUCCACAAUUAAAGGCAAAGCCACCCCUAAUUUACCAAUAAAGAGCAGCACGUUGAAAAGCGGCACCGCAACUGUCAAAACAGCUCCAAAAACAGCCAAAAAGUCCUCCAUCCCCCCUAUAGUGGUAGAUGGCCGUACAGACAAUCACGCAACUCUAACUAGUGACCUAAAAGCAAUAAUAAAAGGGAAGUACUCGGUAAAAUACACCAAUUCCACCACGGUUAUUUUCACCGAGGAACAAGAAGACUACGAGUCCCUAUUAGGCAGUAUAAAACAGGCCGAAAUACCCCACCAUACUUAUACCAACAAAGCAGACAAAACGCAUGCCUUCGUACUAAGGGGUUUAGCGAAUGGGACGGAAAAGGAGGCUAUAGAGGAAGACUUGAUUGCCUCAUACGAAAUAAAACCUAAGGACAUAUUCAAAAUGACCACUAAACAUCGGCCACUAUUUUUAGUGGUCACCGACCCAGUCAUCACACUCGACUACCUUAACAAAAAUGUAAGGGUAGUCGAGAAUACUAGAGCCAUGCCAACUGGUACUAACACACGAGGUGCAUCCCAACAGAAGAUGGAUGAAAGAGCCAUGGAAGAAAUGAUAGGUAAAAUUUGCCAGAAAUUCUUAGAUAAGAUCGACGAACAGUUUGAAAAGAAAUUUGAAAAAAUUGAGGCAAAGCUAGACAGUUUCUGUGAAAGAUGA